AUGUUUCCAUUUUUCUGGCGGGGCUUGCCAGUGAAAGGGCGGGAAGUUUUGCUCAGUCCGGUCGAUUGGCCCAGCCCGACUCUGCGCCGAGCGUCAACCAGCACGAACACUCCGCCGAGGAUGGCCACUCUCAGAACAAUCCUCGGGAGAACGAGGGCAGCGAGCAAACUGCUCAACCCUCUCAGCCAGCAGCAGGCCAGCAAGUUCUCGAUCGGACAGCAGCUGUUUGUUUGGGGACAACGGAAGAAGAACCAGGUGGACAAGAACUUCAAGAUAUACAAGCCGGUCACGCCCGCCAUCCGCCAUCUACGGCUGCCCAGGAACGACCACCUGUAUAAGGGACGAUGUCAUCUCCCACUGACGCUGCCCAAGAAGAAGACCGGCGGGAGGAAUAACUCGGGUCGGAUCACCACCAGGCAUCUCGGCGGAGGACACAAGCAGAGGCUCAGGAUGGUCGACUUCCACAGGAACCAGUCUGGCCCCCAGGUCGUCGUCAGGAUCGAAUACGAUCCCGGAAGAUCGGCCCAUAUCGCGCUCAUCAAACAUCUCCAAUCUGGCACACUAUCUUACAUCCUCGCCCCGCUCAACCUCCGUCCAGGACAGAUCGUCCAGAGCUUCAAGACCGGGAUCCCUAAGGACUUGCUAAAUUCUUCCAACUCUAUCUUAGACCAGCCAACUCCUGCAACAGAUUCAGCACGUGAAUCAUCGACGGUUGACUCUAAGGGGGAAAGCGAAUUGAUCAGUGCCAAGGAGGUGUCAACCUCGACCCUGACCUUAGGAUUGCUUCGGACGUUGACGAUCAAGCCGGGCAACUAUCUACCGAUCAGACUGAUCCCAGCCGGGACGACGAUCCAUGCGAUCUCACUUAAGCCAGACGGGAAAGCCAGUUUGGUCCGGUCGGCAGGUACGUUUGCUAAAGUGGUCUCGUUAGGACACCAUCACCGCAAGACGAAAUCAUCCUCCAAACAAACCCCAUCCGUCCAACAAGAACAGCAACAACGAGCAGCAGGGCAGGAUCGAAACUCCGACCAGAGAGACUUGCACGAUCUCCAAGACCACCAGGGCGAUUACGCCCAGAUCAAACUCCAGAGCGGCGAGAUUCGUUUCGUCCACAUGGACGCCUGUGCAACUAUCGGCUCAGUCAGUAACCCACAUUGGCAAGGUCGGAAACUUGGAAAGGCUGGGCGAGUACGAUGGCUUGGUCGACGGCCGAGAGUUCGAGGAGUAGCCAUGAACAAGGUCGAUCAUCCGUUAGGUGGAGGAAGAGGGAAAUCGAAAUCCAACAAACAGCCAGUCUCUCCAGCGGGACUGAAGGCGAAAGGAUUGCGUACCCGUCGACCAGGCCCUCGGGGCAACCAAAUGGUUGUCAAACAACGUCCCAAAGGCAAACACGUCGGGAAAUAA